AAUAAAGUAGUUCCAGCAGGUUGUUCCGAAAAUCAGUCGUUCUGUGGAUUUUACCGGCGUUGCACAUACACAUACCAGCAACAGAGUAUAAUUCACGAUGCGCGGUUUUUCCACCGUUUUGGUGUGGGUCAUCAGUUUUGCCUGCGAACAAAUUUUCGCGGCACGCGGUCCGAUUCAGGACGCGAUCCAGAGCGGCUUGGCCGCACAAUAUCGGCCGGAAAACUGCGUCUGGAGGAGAGAAUUCGAGCACCGUUGUCCGGACCCUGAUAUCAAAGUUUAUCUGCACAAAUUCGAAAAGGAGAGGAUAGAGUUGCGACAAGGAAUCGCCGGGUCGCACGAGUGGCUGAACAAUGAUAUCUUCGAUCCAGGUCUGGACAAUGUAUUCCUGAUCCACGGAUACAACGGAGGUGACGGGGUCAUGCCGAUGGCAGUUCUGAGGGACGCUUACAUCCGGAACGGAAGUUACAACGUCUUCGCCGUCGAUUGGGGAGCGAUGGUCAAGUCACCCUGUUACCCGGCAGCAGUUGCGAACCUUCGUUUCGUCGGCAAUUGUCUCGCCCAGGUUUUGAGGAACCUUCGUGACCUGGGAAUGUCGGUCCCGAGGACAACCUGCGUCGGUCACUCUUUGGGGGCGCAUCUUUGCGGCGUAAUUGCGAAUUAUCUGCCCUUUCGAUGGGAACGUAUCGUCGGUCUCGAUCCAGCGAAACCGUUGAUACCUCCAAGCCGAUUGAACCGGCUCGAUAUGACGGACGGUAAUUUUGUUCAGAUGGUAUACACGAAUGCCGGUUACUUUGGCGUUACAUCGUGGGAAGGUCACGCCGGCCUUUGCGCAAACGGUGGCAAAGCACAGCCGUCCUGCGAGGGCGCCGAAAGGCCGGAUCUCUGCAGCCACAAUUGGUCGUUGUGCUACAUGGCUGACAGCAUAGACAGUCUCAGUCAACUAUACAGUGAGCCUUGCUCCGGGCGCUGUCCACCGUCCCGUAGGAUCGGACCAAGGGGUAGCAAUUCGCUGGUUAUCGGACAUCACACGCCCGAAACGACGAGGGGAACGUUUUGCGUGACGACCGAUGAUUUUCCUUAUUGUCCGAAAAGUGAUAACGACAGAGGCGACAAGAGGUGCUGCCAGCUGUAAUUCGAGGAUAAUUUUGUUGCGAGAUU